UAGACUAAUGAAAUUGACGCAAGGUGUGAAAUCAACAAAACCACUACGCAAAACCAUAAACCUCUCUCAACUUCCCCACACAAAACAACAAAACCUCUUUCCUCUUCUUCUUCUUCUUCCUCUUGUUCUUGCUUUUAUUCUUCUGCCUUUUCUCUUUCUUCGACAAUCAUUCACACACAACAACAACAACAAAAAGAGCCUUCAUGGAUGGUUUGAUUCCAAUGGCGUUUAAGGCUAUGAAGAAAAACCGGACUCGCCGACGUUAUGAAUGUCUCUCUUCCUCCGGUGGCACGACUAAAGAAUCCUCCGACGAGUAUGACUUCUUCCCCUUCGCCGGUAGUAAAACCGAUCGCUCCGGUGAAUCCCGGCCGUCUUCGUCUUUUGAUCAUUAUGUAGAGAUGAACAACGGUGCUCCUCAGCAACGUCACCGCCGUGGAUGGUCGGUCGGAGAAUUCUCUUCGAUGUCUUGUCGGGAAGGAAGAAGACCAGGUGGAGAAAGCGGAGGAGAUAUCGGUUACUCUCCGUCGCGGCGAGGACAGCUUGUGAGGAACACAAGUCUUAGACUGUUCUCAUGUGUCUCAGGUGAAUGAUUUAUCGAUUCAGAAAGCUAAAAUCUCAGCUCAUUAAUCCAUCAAAAAAGGAUUUUCUUGCCUCUUGUUUUGUGUUAUUGUUCGAUUUUGUUACAAAGAUCUCAAGUUGUCCGGAAAAAAAUGCAGAUUUGUGUUCUUCUUGUGAUAUUCCGUUUUUGAUUUGUAAAGUUUUGGGGUUUGAUUUGUUAAAAUAUGCUUAUUGGGGGAUCAAAAACAAAAAUAAAAUUUAG